UAUUUCCCGCUGCGGGAGCCGUGGCAAGAGGCCUCCAGGAGGUGCGAGGGGAGGAUGUUCCCGAGCUCAGGUGGGGACUCGUCUCAGGAGCGUUUGCAUUCGAGCAGGAGGCUGAUUUUUACGGACGAAAGACAGUUCCUCCUCCACGGGACUUGCGGGCGCUUUGGAGGCUGGCUCAGGUGGUCGGAGCGCACUUUGGAGUAGGUUGAUCUUUUCUUCUCCCCAUGUCACAGGGGGUCUCUUUCAUGUCUGCGGGCAGCUCCACUCCGUGCACCCCACUUUGUUAAACACCCUAAGUGGCAGGUGUCCCUCAAGACCAGUGUCUCGUCCUUCUGCCGACAGCUUCCCCAGGGCGUCCCUCUGGCCACCCGUGAGGAAUGUGGAUGCACAGACACACACGUCAGACUUCAGGGCCAUCCCGACAGGCCAGAGCUUGAUCCUGGGCAGCUGCUCGGUUGUGAACGGUCUCGUGUGACUCACCUGGUCUUCCGGACGGAUCUCAAACACACCCCAGAGCAGGUGCUCCCUGAAGACGUCAAGCCAUCGGUGCCAAAGAAUCAUGCAGCAUUCGAUGGCCGUCCCCCUGCCUUGAUGGAUUAUACACUUGAGCCCAACGUGACAGCAAUUACUGGUGACUAUCAUCCUGGUAUCUUCUCAAGCCCCUGUGAUGGGGAACUCAUCCAAAAGGACGGCAAGUUGCUUCUGGCCAUCUUUUAUUGCCUCCUGUUUGUAUUUGGUCUUCUGGGAAACAGCCCGGUCAUCCUGGUCCUUGUGGUCUGCGAGAAGCCGAGGAGCAUCACGGACGUGUACCUCUUGAACCUGGCCCUGUCCCACCUGCUCUUUGUCUUCUCCUUCCCCUUUCAGACCCACUAUCAGCUGGACCAGUGGGUGUUUGGGACUGUGAUGUGCAAAGUGGUCUCUGGCUUUUAUUACAUUGGCUUCUUCAGCAGCAUGUUCUUCAUCACCCUCGUGAGCGUGGACAGGUACCUGGCUGUUGUCCAUGCCGUGUAUGCCAUAAAAGUGAGGACAGCCAGAAUGGGCACAGCCCUGAGCCUGGUAGUGUGGCUGACUGCCAUUAUGGCCACCAGCCCACUGCUAGUAUUUUACCAAGUGGCCUCCAAAUACGGUGUUCUACAGUGUUAUUCCUCUUACAACCAGCAGACUUUGAAGUGGAAGAUCUUCACCCACUUUGAAAUAAAUAUCUUAGGCCUGUUGAUCCCAUUCACCGUUCUUCUGUUCUGCUACAGUAGCAUCCUGUACCAGCUGAGGAGGUGCCAAAACCACAACAAGACCAAGGCCAUCAAGUUGGUGCUCAUUGUGGUCAUUGCAUCUUUACUCUUCUGGGUCCCAUUCAACAUGGUCCUCUUCCUCACAUCCCUGCACAAUAUGCACAUCUUGGAUGGCUGUGUCAUCAGCCAGCAGCUAAUUUAUGCCACCCAUGUCACAGAAACCAUUUCCUUCACUCACUGCUGUGUGAACCCUAUUAUCUAUGCUUUCAUGGGUGAGAAGUUCAAGAAACACCUCUCAGAAAUAUUUCAGAAGAGUUGUAGCCACAUCUUCCUCUACAUAGGAAGUCAAAUGCCCAGGGAGGGCUGGGAAAGGCUGUCGUCCUUCCAUCAGAACUCCUCCCGUUCCUCCAGCACAGACUAUAUUUUGUGUGAAUCGGUGAAGGGGACAUAUAAAAACACUUUCUUGAGUAGCACGCUAGCAGCAAUGAACAGACGUGUGGAUGUGGAAGGUUUACAGAAAAAGUUCAGUGUGAAGGAUAUUGUAUAUGCUGUCGCCAAUACUUGGAAUGUGACUAAAGACACAGUUGUGUAUCUAGCCCCAUCUCUGCAACCAUGUUCAGUGAUGAUGGUGGGCAAGGUGGUGACUCUAAAGGAUUCUGUAUGUCAAGUGAGAAAAAAUGAUGUCUGACCUCCUUACAUAUACAAAUAUAUACCUUCAGAGUCCAUUUGUAUGCUGGAAGAAGUGGAUAUUGAAAAGUUUUUAACAUCAAAAUGAGCCUCCAGUUGUGCGUUCAUUGACUGAUGGUGAAACAACCAAAAUGGUUCUGAAUUGAGACAAUUAUAAUAAUAGUGACAACGGAGAUGACAUUAUUUACACUGCAGAAAACGUGCCUAUAGACAACAUGGUGAAAAUAUGUGAUGGGCUUAUUGAAGGACUAGGACAGUGUGCAUUCAUAACAGAACAAGAAACCAUGUCAGUUUAUAAAAUAAUCAAAGAGAGACUUCUGAGACAAAAACUCUUGAUGGGGCAGAUAACUCUGGGGGAAAUGUUUUAAAAGCCAUACAGCAGAAUGGCUCCUCAUCCCUAGAGGACCCACUUCCUGGUCCCUCAACUGUGUCUGAUGUUUCUUCUCACCUAGAAAAUAGAAUACAGAGUACACAGCAUCGUAGGUGGAGACUGGAAACCUGCCAUUGCCUGCUGUUGCUGUUUAACCGCUGAUACAGGUAUUCUGCUGAUGCUACUGUGCUGCUUAGUUACUCUGAACACAUUAUUUUUUUUUUCACUGUAUUGACGGUACUGUCAUUUUUUUACUUCUAAGUAUUUUUGUGUGAAUAAAUGUAAGAAAAUGAUUGUUUAUCAGAAGCAUAGAAAUUCAGAGUCAGAAAUGAUGGUGAUGUCAGACAACCACAGAUAUUCCACACUAUCUGAGAUAAUGGCACCUUGGCUUUCUGAUGGCUCAGUCCCUACAAACUUUGUUUCUUGCACCCAAUUAUUAAAAAUGAUGUAUACUAUUACCUUUAGCCUAUGUGUAAAGGUGUAUAUGAAACACAAAUGGAUUUCGUGUUUAGACUUGGGUCUUAUCCCAAGAUAUCUCAUAUGCAAAUACUACCAAAUCUGAAAAAAUCCAAAAUCUGAAACACUUCUGUCCCAAGCAUUUUGAAUAAGGGAUAUUCAACCUAUAUAUUAAAAUCUCUGUGAUUGUGGGUUUGUCUAUUUUUCAUUUUAAUUCUGCUAUUUUUUGCAGUAUAUAUGUUGAAGCAAUGUUAUUAGGUGCACACAAAAUAGGAUCAUUGUGCCUUUUUAUUGAAUUAACUCUUUUAUCAUUAUGAAAUGCCUCCUUUUCUCUAGUAAUACUUCUUGUCUUAAGGUCUACUACGCUCAUUAAUAGAGCCAC